GAUCGAAAAAAAAAAUCAUCAAACGACCGAAAACCAAGUCGAUCUGAGCCAACUUUAUGAAAAUUGAGACAGAGAAGGAAUUGUAAAUCAUAAUUUAAUUCUAAGCUUAAUUAAGCUGCCGUCUUACCUCGCUACUUGUGGGUUGGCUAGUCGUCUCCCUGCGAUGACGUUCGUCCGAGUCAAGAUCGGCGAGUUUGAGGUGAUUGCCAACGCCGACUGUUACGCCGCCAUGCUGCUCGAUUGGCUGCGGCAGCGGGUGGGCGAUGUGCUCGGCGGCGGCCCCCUCGAGGGAGCGCUCGACCUCUGUGACGAGACCGGCGGGCCGCGCCUGCUCUGGGCUCUGCCGCCGCGGGUGAACACGCUCCAGGUGCUGACGCCCCGCGCCGUCUACUACCUGGUGGUGCGCCGGCAGCCGGGCGCCGUCUUCAAACUGGUGCGGCCCAUCGGGCGGCCGGAGCUGCUGCGCGCCGUGCACGACCGACUGAAGCGGGCCGUCUCGGCCUGGGGCCGCGCCAGGGCCAAACUGGCCGCCGACGUCUCUCAGGAGCAGCUGGUCGAGACCGUCAACCAGUGCAUCUCGCAGCAGGCGACCCGGAACCAGCGGCGGUCGGCGCGGCCCCAGCACUCGGCCGACAAGUGGCACAAGCUGAGGGACAAGGUCGAACAUGAGAUAGCUGCCACCGACAACCACCUCACAGACGGCCAUCUGCGAGCGAGGAUGGCGCACCUGAAAGUCUGAGAAAUUGCGCAGCGCCGGCACACCAAACCAUUAGUCGUAUUGAGCUUC